GGGCCGUUUCCGUUUGUCAAACAUAAGGCUUCUCGUCCGAGCUUCUCUCCGUUGUGCUUCUACUAGUUGCGGUGGCACUUCUUGAGAGCACGAUAUCUUCAACUUUUUGGGCCUUCGGCGUCAUUUCAGCAGUGACACUGGCUGAUUGCCGUCCGAUCAGUUACCGAUGCGCAUCCAUGAUGCUUGCCCACCAGUGCUCUGGCAGAGCCUCCUUCGUCUUCCUGGUGGCGCUCCUCCUCAUUCUAUUCCUUUUGACGGCCAACAGACUUCACAAUGGGCCCUCGCCAGCCUUUCCACGGUUGAGAGGACAAUGGAUCAGUGUCGACGACCAACAGUCUUUAAUAGCAGAGAAACCGGACAACUUUUGCGGCCGGGACUUCAACCUCCUGCGCCAAGGGGAUCUUGCCUUGACUAAGAGCAUCGUUUAUAGCCGCCGGUGCAUCAGGCCUGUUCACGGCAAUGUCGACCGCGCCGCUGUCACCAAUAUCAGCACGCCACUCAUCACCAGCAAGACAACACUCAGUCUGACAGCCGAGUGCGCAACCGUUGAAGCCCCUCCAUGUGAGCCCUUAACGCUUCACGUCCCCCCGAACUAUCCUCAAGAACAGUACCCCCACCUCAUCUUCGGUGUAGCAUCCUCGCACGACCGCCUCUCAGAGUCCCUCCCGGUCUUUGCUCACUGGCUCUCCGGAACUGGCGCACAACUGGUGGCUGUUGUCUCAGACGCGGAUCAGGUCGAUUCCAAGUUCGACCUGCAAUCCCUCGAAGCGGAAUACCGCCAGCAUAACAUCGCCGCAACCUUCAUCGCUCCCACACAGACGGUCGCCAUCCCCCGCAAGGACACAACUACGGACGCGACCCCAUCCUCCCCGGCGCCGGUAGAACAGCUGCACUUCCUCCUCAUCCGCGACAUGCUGGACCGCGCCACGCCCGAAACCCAUUGGCUGGGCGUCCUGGACGACGACACCUUCUUCCCAGCCCUGCACCCCUUGUCCGCGGCCCUCCGGGAGCACGACCACACCGCGCCGACCUGGCUGGGCGCCUUGGCCGACAACUUCGUCUCGCUCCGCAUAUGGGGCUACAUGGCGUACGGCGGGGCCGGCACAUUCCUCUCCGUCCCGCUCGCCCGCCAGCUGGCACCGCACCUGGAGUCGUGCAUCCGCGAGACGACGGUCGUGUCGGGCGACGGCAUGCUCCGCGACUGCAUCUACGCAUACACCACCACCAAGCUGACCGUCGUCGAGGGGCUCUACCAGCACGACAUACGCGGCGACGCGGCCGGGUUUUUCGAGUCCGGCCGCCGCGCGCUCAGCAUCCACCACUGGAAAUCGUGGUACCGCGCGCCCGUCGCCCAGAUGGCGGCCGUCACGCGCGUGUGCGGCGACUGCUUCCUGCAGCGCUGGCGCUUCGGCAGCGGCACGCUGCUGGCCAACGGGUACAGCAUCACCACGUACCGCGACGGGCUGCUAGACAGUAUCGAUCUGGGCAGGGUCGAGGGCACGUGGCAGGAGCCGGACGGGAAGUUUGACUUUGUCUACGGGCCCUUCCGGCCGCGGCUCAGCGAGCAGGAGAAGAAGAGUUACCGGCUUGUUGCCGUGGACGGGGAAGCCCAGAAGGGAGAGACGUUCAGGCAGGUUUAUGUUCAUCGCGCGCCGAGGAAGGAGGGGUCAAAGGGGGAGGACGUGGAGACGGAGGGGAUGAUGGAUGAGGUUGUUGAGCUUAUCUGGGAGGGCGGAGCUGCCUAGCAAUAACUCAACGA